AUGGCGGUCAUCGCUGGAGUGCCUGACUAUUCGGGCGCCAUGCCGUUUCGUCCAGUCGUGGCUUUGUUGGUGUUGUCUUUGAUACUGAUUCCCCUUUAUUUCGUUAGUCAAAUCAUCUACAACCUAUACUUCCAUCCACUGGCCAAAUACCCAGGACCCAAGUCUAUGGCAGCAACACGUUUUCCUUAUUUGAAGAUGAUCUUAUCUGGAGAUGCCCCCGGGAUGGUCACAAGAUAUCACGAGAAAUAUGGCCCAGUUUUCCGCAUUGCCCCCGAUGAACUCUCAUUCGUAACCGAUGGCGAGGCCUGGAAGCCAAUCUAUGGAACUCGUCCUGGUCAUUCUCAGAAGCCAAAGGAUUAUCGAUUCUACAACCCUACAGUUGGUGGUUCUCCGAGUAUCAUUGUAUCCAAUGAUACUGAUCACACACGUUUCCGCCGCCUGUUAUCACACGCAUUUUCCGAUAACUCCUUGCGUGGCCAGGAACCUAUCAUUCAAGGCUACAUUAAUCUCUUUAUUCAACGCCUCCAUGAGAUCUCAGAGAAAGGACAGAAGCCCAUUGAUCUUGUUUCCUGGUACAACUUCACCACAUUCGAUAUCAUCGGCGAUUUAGCAUUCGGCGAGUCCUUUAACUGUUUAAAAAAUUCUAACUACCACCCAUGGGUUAGCAUCCUCUUCAAGAACAUUAAAGCUGGUGCUUACAGCUCUGUGGCUCGUCGAGUUCCUGGUGGAGAUUUCCUGAAGAGAACAUUGACCCCAAAGAGUCUUCUGCGCGCUAAAGCCACCAAUGAUAAGCUGACCAUGGAGAAAGUGGAUGCUAGAGUGAAGCAAUCUGAUAAUGAUCGACCUGAUUUCUUUGGCAAUAUCUUGAAAUACAACGGCACAGAGAAGGGAUUUGCACACGGGGAACUCUAUUCAAAUGGAAGUACCCUUAUUAUUGCUGGCUCGGAAACAACCGCCACUCUUCUCUCUGGAGCAACAUACCUUCUACUGAGAAACCCUGAGACAUUGGCUAAACUCAAAGAGGAGGUUCGAAGCGCCUUCAAGGCCGAAAGCGAAAUCAAUCUGGAUAGCUGUAAUCAGUUGCACUACGCUCAAGCAGUUCUCACCGAGACUUUGAGAAUGUACCCACCUGUCCCAGUUGGUCUUCCUCGCAUUGUUGAUGCUCAAGGUGAUACUAUCGGUGGAAAUUUCGUGCCUGGAGGUACAAUCGUCUCGAUCUCGCAUGCGGCUACCUAUAAAUCCGAGUCCAACUUCAAGCACGCGAAACAAUUUAUCCCGGAGCGUCAUCUCGAUGACCCCCGGUUUGCGUCCGACCAUAAGGAGGCACUGCAGCCCUUUAGCUUUGGCCCAAGAAACUGCAUUGGUCGCAACCUUGCCUAUGUGGAGAUGCGUUUGAUUCUGUCCAGGCUCAUCUUCAACUUCGAUUUGGAGUUGGCCGAGCCAGAAUUCGAUUGGAUAGACCAGAAGUCUUACACUCUGUGGGAGAAGAUGCCAUUGAUGGUUAAGCUUAUCCCGAGAGACAUGACCCAAUCGGCAUAA